CGGAACGCCACAUUCCUUUUGUCCAAGAUGGCGGCGUUGAUGUCGGUUCUCUGAUAAUGUUUUUAAAUGUGUUUAUCCUUUUAAUUCACUAUAAAUACAAAGUCUCAACGUUGCGGACAUUAGUUACAAGUUAGUAAAUCGUCCGUAUCUGUGCAACGUCUGAUUAAAUAUCGAGGUAUUGUAUUCCAGACCGGAUUGUUUCUACAGACACUGGCUGGCUAACUAGCUAACGUUACCUAGCUAAAAAGUUUGGGUAUCGUUUGAAAAUGAAACGACAGGCCGGGAGGGACUCCAGUCCUAGUCGGGCUUUAGCGAAACGAAUACGGGAAAGAGAGCGGGAACGAGACGGGCCACGGAGAGAGGACCUACCGCCCCCGCCUCUUGCCUUGCUGCUCGCUGAAAGCCGAAGGCAACAUGCUCGGAGCAGGAGCAGGGAACGAGAAAAGACGCGGCUUCGGGAGGAGCGCGGGGCCGCUGGAGACCCACUUCACCACCGACAACAACACCACGACCUCGGUCUGAUCGGCCGCCCCGCUCUCCGGACUACAGCCGCCCUGCCUAAAGGCAAAGCGGUGACCGAGCUACUGGGCCCCCGGGGGGGAGCGGGGGGGAAUCUGGAAUACAAAUCGUUGCUCAUUAGCAAUCUAGGCUCGGUGCUUUCUGACGAACAUGUUGAAGACGGACUGUUCCACGAGUUUAAAAAGUUCGGGGACGUUAGUGUGAAACUAUCUCACACUCCAGAGCUGGGCCGUGUUGCGUACGUGAAUUUCCGUCACCCGGAAGACGCUAAAGAGGCAAGGCAUGCCAAGACCAGGUUAGUGUUGUAUGAUCGCCCCCUUAAAGUAGAGCCCAUGUACGUCCGUCGUCGCAGCUGCACGCCGCCGGAUGUGAGCUACAUUCCCAUUCAUGGCGCCUCAUAUCCACCUUAUAGACAGAGGUCCCUGUCCCCAGGGGCAGGAGUCAGCAGUAUCAGAGACAUCCGAGCACUGAGACACUACCCUGUAGAGGGGUUGGGACUGAGCAGAGAGAGGGAGAGGAUCUUAGAUUACUACGGUAUGUUGGAUGAGAGGGGGCGGCCAUACGGCCUGCCAGUACCCGAGCACGAAGACAUAAAGCCAGAGGAUGAUGCGAGGGCGUGCAGGAACCUGUUCAUUGGCAACCUGGAUCACAACGUCACCGAGGGCGAGCUCAGGAGAGGCUUCGAUAAGUACGGCAUCAUUGAGGAAGUUGUGAUUAAACGGCCGGCGCGCGGUCAGGGUGGAGCCUACGCUUUCCUCAAGUUCCAGAAUUUAGACAUGGCUCACCGGGCUAAGAUAACCAUGCAGGGCCGCGUGAUCGGUGGGAACCCGGUGAAGAUUGGCUACGGUAAAGCCAACCCCACCACGAGACUCUGGGUAGGUGGCCUCGGCCCUACCAACUCCCUAGCAACACUAGCCCGUGAGUUUGACCGCUUCGGCAGCAUCCGAAACAUAGACUAUGUGAAAGGGGACAAUUUUGCCUAUAUUCAGUAUGAAAGCUUGGAUGCCUCACAGGCCGCCUGUGCCCAGAUGAGAGGUUUCCCCCUGGGAGGCCCAGAGCGGAGGCUGAGGGUGGACUUCGCCAAGGCGGAGGAGCCCCUGCCUCGUAGCUACCCAGCAGGGUACCAGCCCCCUGUGCCCCUGCCUGCCCACCUGGACUUGCUGCCAGAGGGUUACGGCGGGAGGCACCGCGAAUGCAGCCUGGAGAGAGAGCUCCGUGCCAGGGACCGCUCGCCCCCCUCACACGCCCUGUUCACCCAGCGGGAGAGAGAGAGGGCUGUGCUGGACAGGGACAGGGGAGACAGAGAGUUCACCAGCCCAACCAAGAGCCUGGAGCGCAGGGGGGGGGAAGCAUUUGGGGGAUCCCGUGGAGGGCGGGGGGACCGAGCAGCCCGGAGCCGCAGCCGAGAGCGCUGGCUGAAGGAGAGGGACGCAGCGCGGGCUGGGGGGGAGAGACGGAGACGCUGCAGUCCCUCUCAGGAGAAGGAGAGAGGCAGGUCCAAGGUGAGGGGAGGAGGACCAGCCUCUCCAGAGGACAGCCCAGACAGAGCCAGGGUCAGAGCCCCAGACUCCACCACCGAGCCCAGGGGACAGAGCCCCGACAGCAGCCGCCACUCCAACGAGGACCGGGGUGGGGGUCUGAAGACCGGCGGGGACAGGGAAAAGGAACGCAACCACAGAAAUGUGAGCGACAACAACCACACAUUGUCUGACACGCCUAAUAAAGACCCUCAGACACUCAGUACCCUGUCGGAGUAUGCUGCCACCCUCACCAAAGCCUGGCACGGUCACUUCGCCCUGAAGAACUCCUGUUUCCCCACUAACAUGCACUUGCUGGAGGGAGGCUCCGGGUUCUUCCACUCUGUCAUGAAGGACCACCAGGCCAAGGGGAAACUGACCCAGCUGAAGAUCGCCCAGCGACUGAGGAUGGACCAGACCAGGCUGGACGAGGUCACCAGGAGGAUCAAGCAUGGUGGCUCCGAGGGCUACGCUGUUCUCCUGGCCCUCCAGGGCCCCAUCGACCGCGAGGCCCCUCCACCUGAACCAGGCCUACAGAUCAGACUCCUCCGUCACCUGGUCACCUACCUGAGGAACAAGGAGGCUGCAGGAGUGAUCAGUCUACCUGUAGGUGGGGCUAAGGAGGGGGGAAAGGGGGGCAUGCUGUACGCCUUCCCCCCCUGUGACUUUUCCCAGCAGUUCCUCCAGACCCCUCGCAGGACUUUGGAGAAUCUGGAUGAAGAGCACCUGGUGGUUGUGAUUGUUUAUGACUCUGCCUAACUAAGACAGAAGUCACCUCUCUGUCUAUAGUGUUAGAUGUCAUUUAUUUCUCCAUGUUAACAACACACUGAGCUCUGAGCAAGGAAAUAGUAGUGAUUGUCAAUAGCUAAUUAAGUAAAACACCACUUUCUGUCUCUGUGGGGGGUACUGGCUGUUUCACUUCCGUUUAAAGGGACUGAACUGUUGUAGACAGACCCCUCGU